AACCAUCAUCACAACCAAAGUGAAUACCAACAGGCAAUCACUAUCAAGAGAGUAGACUAAUGAUCCACCUCAAACGCGCCAGAAAGAGUGAACUCUGGAAAAAAAAGGAACGRCAGAGAGGUUGGAAAACUUUUUUAGGGGUCUUCUUUUUGCUCUUGCAAUGCAUCACGUUAUCUUUUGUGGUCAACAAAAACCUUUUGAAAGAAUAUCCAUUCGAAUCAUCUCAGUUUUUUUUGUCUGGUACAACCAUAAAAAGCGACUAUGACUUUGAUUCACCCAGUCUUAGUGAGGCCUUUGCUUCCGACAGAGCGUCUUCGGAUGGGCAUGAAUCUCCCACAAUAGCAAAGGCAACGGCUAUGUCGCCAUCGACAACGAACGAACCAAUGAAAAGAACACGCUGUCCUCCUAACGCCAAUUGUACAUCGAGCAGGGAUGAACAAGGACGAGAACAGCAGCAGCAACUAAUACCCACCAUCGAUAUAAUCUCGGUGGGAUCCCAUGGCGAGGCAAAGAACAUGGCCGCCCAAGCCGAGACAUUUGGAAGCCAUCCUUCUGUUCGAAGCUUCCGAAAAUUUACCGAGUCGGACGACCACGAAAAACAUUGUCACAAACUUCUUUCCACCGACAGCAUAGCCUUCGUCUCGCGGUUUUGUCGGUCGCAGCACACCGAUCACUUUGAAUUAAUGCGGUUUCGAUCCCAGUUUGCGAGUGCAAAUUGGCUCGCGAAGAAGGAAGACAGAGCUAGAGGAUGGAUGUGCGCCUUCAAGCGGCCGGCGGAGUCGUUAUACAAAGUCUUGAAGGAAUACGCCAGCACUGCGAUUCCAAGCACCAGCGACUACACAACCUUUUCUUCGUCCGAUACAGGCACAAACCGAAUUACCAACAGCAAUAGUUCUGUUCCAAUGCCCGACUAUUUGGUGUUGUUGGAUGCCGACACUUACCUCAACAUGGACAAUAUUGCUGGACAUGACGGGAGCUUGGGAUUCCUUCCAUCAAUGUAUCCUUUCAACCAAACAUUAGUGAUCGCUGGUUGCCGCGUCCGAUGGCGAGUCUUUGAACACAACUUCACUUUUCCCUGGGGYGGCUUUGGGACCAUUUUUACCAAACGAAGCAUCGAACGAUUCGUACAUCCCAUUCAGGAUUGCAAUAUUAGUGAUGCCAACGACGAUCCUCUCCUGGACCCGGAAACGAAGCAAUCCCUAAAAACGCUGAAUUACCGUGAACUAACUCAGGACGAGUUUGAGCGACUUGCUUGCGCAAAACUCAAGGAAGAUUCGAUUGGGGAAGCAUUCCUUUUUCAACCUGGCAUGAGCGUGGCCGAUCUCAUGUACCAAUACGUGACCAACUGGAAGUACGUCGAUGCUGAAAAACACUGGAAAACUACAAUGACAAAMAAGACUACCGCCGAUAGGAUUGAAAAUAAACGAACCAACGGAGGUUUUUGCCUUCACGCCGAUUGGGUCAUUGGCUAUUUUGUGAAUCACUACUAUUUGUCCAAUAACGAAUUCGGCGUAGAUGACCCAUUCUGGGAAGACAAUCCUGAGCAGCGUGUAAUGGCAUACAACGGAUCGGAGCAUUAUGCCGGAAUACUACAGAGGAAAAACAUUUUGGCACGCAAGGAAUGUUCAAACGAUUACGAUUCCAAUUGCGACCCGGUAACAGCCCAUUUUUGUCAUCAUAUUUCUGAAUCGUUUAUGCGGAUACUACACAACUACAACGGAACCAAUUUGAAAACCACCAAUCCGUAUAAAUUUGAACUGAUGUAACGAGUAUAGUACAGUACCAGAAGGCCAGUUGUGACGAGCCCCUGGAACUGGACCUACGUAUAGGGUACAAACCUACAUCUAMACAAGGUAUCAGAGUACCAAGCAUCAAGAAUAUCGCAAGAGCAGAACUCCAAGAAGGCCUGUUGAUCAACAAGUACUAGUUGGAUCUACAGGGAACAGGAAUAAUCUGAAGUGCUCAACACUUCCUUCAACACGGAUUAACACAUGAGCAGUGUGUCGACACUUUAGAUGCUGAAUAAGAUUAUAAUUUAUUUUUAACACACAUAACAAUCAAUUCUAUACAUAUUU